AAAAUUGACAAUACUACAAACCAAGGCCAAAUGGCGAAUAAUUACAUUUCUAAAAUUAUAUCAAUUAUGCAUUGAGUAUGCAAGUAGGAUUUUUAACACGGACUCGUCAAAUUUUCAUGUGAUUCGAGCUGCUCAUAAACCAUGAGCCCGGAACUCGCCUUGAAAACUCCCUAAUGACAACCCCGUAGGUAAUUUAGCAGGGCGUGUCAAUCUAAGGGAGGAUGAAUUGGCAUCCAAUUUAAAUAGGUGUUUCUCCUUCGCCAUGUGAAUCGUGCACAUUCCAUGUCCCAUUUACUAUGGAUGAAUGUCUAACCUUGUAAACAGGAAUGUAUAUUGUGUGUGUGUAUGUUUGGAUGAAUCUAUAUAUAGACAGAUUUGAAUGAAUCAAACAUCCCGAGACGUGUGAUGCAGUGAGGUUCAGACAAUAAUUAUUGCAUUAUGUUGAGGCAAAUACAUUGCUUUAGGGUAUGAGUCAGCGGACAAAAGUUAAGUUCAAAAAGGCCAACUUCAUCUACAUAUAUAUCUGUUGGUAAACAUGGGGAUCUUGACGCUGGUCAGUAUGAGUAAUCAGCUGGCUGAGUUUCAGACCGAUCGUUCGUUGACCAUAAAAUGAUCAUCACUAAUCAGGACUAUCGGGACACGCCUUGUCAAAUACUGAACACUGUGGCCCUACAGGAAAAAGAUGAAAAAACACCAAAUGACCAUAACAUACUAGUAUUGUCACGUUAAUUUCCUAGCCGCAAUAUUCUCACACCUUUUUAUGACCCUCAACACACUAAUUUACAAAUCCACGCAGCGGUGUUGACGACUAACGUAAUUCAGAAACUGGGAGAUUCUGCGUCACCCGUAAGGCACCCUACAUAAGGUGACAAUUGCACCUGCGUACCAGCAUUCUGCGCCGUUUUGUUGAUGGCGGAUGUGCGGAAAGCAAGAUCGCCGGUUUUAUUACUAACUUUAUUGUUCCCUUAACACAUUCGGAGUUCAUCACAUGCACAAGUGAUUGACCAACUUCCUCUCAAACGGAAAAAAAAGUUUUUGUGAUUAUACAGUACUCGAGUGCGUGUUCUUUUUCAAGAAAUUAUGAUUGGAAAGGCUAUUUGUUUUGUUUUUCUGUCGGUGAGCGUUUUCAACGUCACCCAGGCAACCGACACGACGGUCAGCGCUGAGGGUGUAUUCCUUAAAAUUCAAGGUCAAUCUGGAGGAAUGGUCAUUGGACGAGCGCAGAACCCAGACCAGGACAAUAACGCAGUGAAAAUCAAGUUUGAUGCCAUACAAGAGUUGAACUCGGGCGGAGAUGUUGUGGGAGCCUCGGGAAAUGCCAAACACCGUUUUAACAAUUUUGCUCAGUUAGACCUUAUGUUUUCCAGCCUUGUGGAUACAAUGUAUGAAAACUUGACAGCGAAAACAAUCAGCUUCAAGGCUUCCCUUAGUUCUGUGAACGCAAAUCUGACGGUGCAGACCUUUAUCAUUACCGAAGCGGGAAACAUCACCAUUGAUGGGGAAUCUACAAUGGUUGAGAAGGGCACCGUCAAAUUUAACAUCAACAUCGAAGGCUGGGGUUUUUGUGACGCUUCUGGAAACUGCAGAAAAGGGAACAAAGAUGAAAUCGGGGAAUAUGUAGACAUGACCAUCUCUAUCAAAGGGAAAGGAACGCCAAGCAGGAAAACCGGAAAUAACAAACACACGGAAGGGGAGGAGUUCGACUUAGGAGGGGAUGCGUCCGUAGCACUGUCUAAGAAGAUUUCUAAGGAUGGUGGAAGUUAUGAGGAUAUGCCUGGAAAUUAUCCCGCUUUCAAGACACAAGGUAGCAAACAGCUCUUCGUCUUCCGGUUCCCCAGAUUUAAUAACUACGUGAUAUACGACCCCACCGUGUAUACUGGGAUUGCCGAUACGAGUAGUGGAGCUGCCGCCAUUCAGUUCGGAUUUUCUCUGCUUCUUCUAGCCGUCAUGGGUGUCUUCAUGUCUGUGUAGAUCUGUACUGUGGGUGUUCUAGAGAAUAAACUCUCUCUAUCUGAUGACAGAAGUAUUCGAUGUUAGAUAUUGUUAUUAUAUAUUGUAUAUUGCCUUGUAUGAUUGUGUUCUGAUUCUAAAAAAGCUACAUGAAUACUUCAAUACUGGACCUCCAUGGUCUUGGAUUACUAGUUUAUACCCAGUAUGAAUGUGAAUAUGGUGUGUGGUGUUGUAGCACACGUUGUGUAUAAUGAAUGAAUGAAAUGAGGAUUUUUGUGUAACGUUUGCCCGCAGUUUGUCUUUUUUUUUAAUUGGCUAACAACAUAUUUUAGUAAUAUAAUGUGCUGUAGUGCAAAUAUGAAACUGAAAAUGCGAUAGAUAUGUAGGAAAUCAUUAUUAAAACAUAGAUAAAGCGCAUUAUGAGCCAAUGUUUGGGAGGUCUGAGUUAUUUAAACAACAUAAUGCUGAUUUGUUGUUACAGCUUCGGGUGGGGACAUAGAUUGUGGGUAAGAUAUAGCUGAGAAUGCAUCGCUUGACGCUCAAGAAAUUGGGGAGGGAAGGUAUUUAUGGUCCAAUCUUAUAUUAUGUCCACGCCCAUCCAUCAUAUCAUGGAAGAUAACAGGUAAUUACACGCCCCCCUAUGAGUUGUUCGGGGGUGUAGAGGAGGUAGCGGGUUUCAAGAAAUACUGGACUGACCACUUGGUUGAUAGAAAUGGGCUUGGUCAAAAUCAAAACAAAAAAACUGCCAAAUUACUAUUCACGAUUAGUGGUACAGACCAGCUGAUGGCGGUUCCCUUUCUAUUGUCUAAUGUAACGGGGAUUUAAAAUGGCAAAGAUGAAUACAGUCCAAUUUCCGGCAUCGAGGUGAAAUUAUUACAUGUGUUAUUAUAAGUAAUACUGCAGUAUAGUUUUUGUGAGAGUGUUGCAACCUAGGUGUGUAGUCAUCGUUUUGAUUUUUUUCUCUUCAAAAUGUCCAACGAAAGCCGCGAGGAUUCCUAUGUGCAGGGAAAUGAAUUGACGGGGAAGUAUGAAAUGUUGGACUUGUUCCAUAAGGUAGUCUUUGUUUGUACCCGUGGAAAGAGUUAAAUGCCACAAUAAACUAGUUCUAUAUGA